GACGGCCGCCGUCACGUGAGCUCGGCGGCGGUUCCGCGAUGGCGGCGCACCUGAGCUCGGGGCGGGUGAACCUGACUGCGCUGCGCGAGGCGGGGCGGCGCGAGCUGCGCGAGUUCCUCGACAAGUGCGCGGGGAGCAAGGCCAUCGUGUGGGACGAGUCCCUGACCGGGCCCUUCGGGCUCAUCGCGCAGUACUCGCUGCUCAAGGAGCACGAGGUGGAGAAGAUGUUCACGCUCAAGCCGGGCCGCCUGCCCCAGGCCGACGUCAAGAACAUCAUCUUCUUCGUGAGGCCGCGGCUGGAGCUCAUGGACAUCAUCACCGACAACGUGCUCAGGGAGGACAGAGGCCGCUCUCCCCAGAGGGACUUCCACAUCCUGUUCGUGCCGCGCCGCAGCCUGCUGUGCGAGCAGUGGCUGAAGGAGCAGGGCGUGCUGGGGUCCUUCAUCCACCGCGAGCAGUACAGCCUGGACCUCAUUCCCUUUGACGGGGACCUGCUCUCCAUGGAGGCCGAGAGUGCCUUCAAGGAAUGUUACCUGGAGAGCGACCAGACGAGUCUGUACCACGCAGCAAAGGGGCUGAUGACGCUGCAGGCUCUGUACGGAACCAUCCCGCAGAUCUUCGGGAAGGGCGAGUGUGCUCGGCACGUGGCUAACAUGAUGAUCAGGAUGAAGCGUGAGUUCCCUGGGAGCCAGAACUCGAUAUUUCCUGUCUUUGACACCCUCCUGUUGCUGGACCGCAACGUGGACCUGCUGACACCGCUGGCCACGCAGCUCACCUAUGAGGGGCUCAUAGAUGAAAUCUAUGGGAUCCAGAACACUUAUGUGAAACUCCCUCCCGAGAAGUUUGCCCCAAAGAAGCAGGGUGAGGGUGGGAAAGAUCUCCCCACAGAACCCAAGAAGCUCCAGCUCAACUCUGCUGAAGAGCUCUAUGCUGAAAUCCGAGACAAGAACUUCAAUGCCGUGGGGUCAGUGCUGAGCAAGAAAGCCAAGAUCAUCUCUGCAGCCUUUGAGGAGCGCCACCACGCAAAGACCGUUGGAGAGAUCAAGCAGUUUGUCUCACAGCUGCCACACAUGCAGGCAGCAAGAAGCUCUCUAGCAAACCACACCUCCAUUGCAGAACUCAUCAAAGACAUCACCACAUCUGAAGAUUUCUUUGAUAAUUUAACGGUGGAACAAGAGUUCAUGUCUGGAAUAGACACAGACAAGGUUAACAAUUACAUUGAAGACUGCAUAGCUCAAAAGCAUCCAUUAAUCAAGAUCCUACGCCUCGUCUGCUUGCAAUCUGUGUGCAAUAGUGGACUGAAGCAGAAGGUUCUGGACCAUUACAAAAGAGAGAUUCUCCAGACUUAUGGCUAUGAACAUAUAUUGACCUUAAACAACUUGGAGAAGGCUGGACUCCUGAAACCUCAGACAGGCGGUAGGAAUAACUACCCAACAAUCAGGAAAACCCUGCGCUUAUGGAUGGAUGAUGUCAAUGAACAGAACCCCAAUGAUAUCUCCUAUGUGUACAGUGGCUAUGCACCGCUGAGUGUCCGCCUGGCACAGCUACUGGCUCGCCCAGGGUGGCGGAGCAUAGAAGAGGUUCUGAAGAUGCUGCCAGGUCCCCAUUUUGAGGAGAGGCAGCAGCUACCCACUGGCCUACAGAAAAAGCGUCAACAUGGUGAGAACAGAGUCACUCUGGUGUUCUUCCUGGGAGGGGUAACAUACGCAGAAAUUGCUGCACUGAGAUUUCUGUCCCAGAUGGAAGAUGGAGGCACAGAAUAUGUCAUUGCCACUACAAAACUGAUCAAUGGGACAACCUGGAUGAAAUCCUUGAUGGAAAAACUGGAGCCUGCCCCAUUCUAAGGUCUGUGGUAAGAGACAGUGAAGGUGAGAGGCCCUGUGGACAAGCACAUCAACUUCUGGUCUUUUGGCAUGGCUUGAACAUCGGGGAAACAAGACAGUGCAAGAAGCUCUCUUUGAGACCAGCUCAUGAUGCGGUUACCCUCAUCCCUUUCUGCACUUGGGUUCCUACUGUUUGUGGAACUUCUAGUAGUCAAAGUAGCUCCUUUUGAGCUG